GGCGGCAGGCGUUGCUCGGCCCUGGGCGGCACGAUGGGCGUGCGGCUCUGGCUGCUGGCGCUGCUGCUGCUCUGGCUGGCUCUCAGCCCCGGCUCCGGAGGGCCUUUGACUGAAACAUCCAAUGAUGGGAAGGAGCCCAGGGAAGGGCACAUCCGGAACCUGGUGCACCCCAAAGGAGUCCGGAGCGCUGUGGGACACAGGCCGAACGGCUGGCGGAAAUAUCGGCGUCCUCGCCCCCGCCUCUCCCAUAAGGGACCCAUGCCUUUCUAGCAAAGGGUCAAGGUCCUCCCUGAGAAGCCCACCCCCCUUCUGUGACCUCUCUGCUUGAUAAACCAUCUGCUUGUUCAAGGCUCCCCCCCCCCAUGGUAGAAUGUGGCCCCUCCUGACUGCACUGUUGCCCUGUGGACACCACUGAGUAUAAGGAAUGUGUGCGCAGCAUCCUCCUCCCCUUUUUCUGUUUUUCCUACUCAGGCUGGUCUCAACUGGCAGAACCUCUCUCAGUCUCUCUCUCUGCCUU